UUUUCCCUUCUUCUUUUUUUUUUAUCUUUGCAUUCCUUGGUUAAUUUAUCUAAAUAUGACAUCAAAGACUAGUAUAUCCAGAUCCUGUAUAUUCUUAUUACUGGCGGCUCUAUUUUUUAUAACAGUAAUCCAUGCUCAAGAACAUGUCCAUGAAGAUGGGUCCGUGCAUAGUGAUGUAGAGGAACACGCCACCGAGGAAUCCGCCUCAGGUAGCAGUGGUCAUUCACAUGGAUCAGAGUCUUGCGAUGUUGAGCCUAUGCUUAAUUAUAAUAUGCCUAUGCGAAUCGGUUCGGUAUUUAUCAUCUUGGCCACUUCCGCCGUUGGAAUUUUUGCUCCCAUUAUUCUUUUCCGUAUCAGCCCUCAUCAAGAAGGUUCUGUCCGCGAUUGGGCUCUUACUGCUGGUAAAUUCUUCGGUACAGGUGUCAUUAUUGCUACCGCCUUUAUUCACAUGCUUCCGGAAGCACUUGAACGAUUUGAUUCCGAAUGUCUUGGAGAAGGAUGGCACUCGUACCAUGCCUUUGGGGGUCUCUUUUGUAUGAUUGCUUCCUUUGCCCUUCAAAUUAUUGAAUUAGCUGCUAUUUCAAAUUUAGAUGCCAUUGCUAGAAGAAACGCAGAGGCUGCUGCUACUAAGUCCAUUUCUAACCAAACUUUAAACAUCAACGCCGAAGAAGCAGCUGACGGGAAACUCAGUGAAAAAGGCAAUGUGGGUGUGUCAAAUCGCGAUCUUAGUGCUCAUGAACAUAAUCAUGAUGGUAUCCACGAAGACGGACAUGUUCAUUCUGCAGGAUUCAUGGAAAACGAACAAUCUCUUCGUAACAUUGGUACAUUUAUUUUGGAGUUAGGCAUUGUUAUGCAUUCAAUUAUCAUUGGUAUCACACUUGGAACAACAGACAAUGAAUCAUUCAACACUUUGUUUAUUGCUUUGAUUUUCCAUCAAUUCUUCGAAGGUAUUGCCCUCGGUACACGUGUUAAUGAUCUCAAUUGUAAAAGCUGGAAAAAGCCCAUUCUCAUGGGUCUCUUGUUUAUCUGCAUGACUCCUAUUGGUAUUGGAAUUGGUAUUGGUGUCAGAUCAACUGUUAACCCUAGAUCUUCUAUUCUGGCUCAGGCUAUUCUGGACUCUCUCUCUGCUGGUAUUUUGUUAUACAACGCUUACGUUUCUCUUAUGAGUAUCGAAAUCAAUCACAACGUUGGAUUCCGUAGAUCUUCGUUGUCUCGUAAGGUCUUCUGCUUUUUCUGUAUGUACCUUGGGGCUGCCUUGAUGGCCGUUCUGGGUGCCUGGGCCUAAGUCCAGAUUACACCUGUCGAUGCUUUCAUAAAAUACUUGCUACAUAAUUUAAACUCAUUUUCACUAUCACUUCAUUAUAUCAUUGUAUAUUAUAACCUAUAUUCAUACUAAUAAAAGUAAUAUUUCCUUUUAUUGCCUUUCAAA